UCUCUCCUUUGACUCUGUCUUCUCAUAGUUCUAGGUUGUACCUAGUAUUUUAUGUGUUGCAAUCUUAUAGCACAUGAAAAAAAAAAAUCUAAGGUGGUUCUCCAUUAUUUUCUUGAGAAGUUGUGCUUUAUAUAUGGAUCUUAUUGAUGAACUCUUUGAGUCCUAUCCUACUACUUCCUCGAACUCCAGGCGAGAGACCAUGGAUGAAGAAUCAUUUGAUCAAACCUAUGAUUCAAUCAAGAAUCUGUCCCUCUCUGAAGGUGAGAAAUUUGAGCCUUCCGGUUUAAUUAAGACAACAUCAAUGGAAAGGGAAGAACAAGCUCAAGUAAAAUCCAGGCAAGAGACCAUGGUUGAAAAAUCAUUUGAUCAAACCUAUGAAUCAAUCAAGAACCUGUCCCUGUCCGAAGGUGAGAAAUUUAUGUAUUCUGGUUUAAUUAAGACAACAUCAAUGGAAAGGGAAGAACAAGCUCAAGCAAAAGUGAGUCAGUUUGCAAGACGAAAAUCGAACACACAAGGCCGAUUGGGUUUGGGUCGUGCUCCAUCUCUACCAACUACCCUCGAAUUAGAAGAAUUUCAAGACGAAGAGAGUGACUUUCGUAUGGGCAAGUUAAUUAGGCAAGCUUCUCUAAUCUAUUCUGACAUGUCGCCUCCUAGUCCUAGACAUACUUCUUCAAAGGCUAUGGCGCAAAGUUGUAGCCAGCCAAGAAAUCAACCAGGUCGAAAGAAACCAGGAUUAAAAAACCUUAAAAUGGAGGGGACGGAACACAUGAGAAAGCAAUACCCAGCUAGUCAAAUUAAGUCGAGUAAAAGCUUAACUAAUCUUGAGUUCGAAGAAGUUCAAGGAUUUAAGGAUUUGGGAUUCAAUUUCGACAAGGUACAAGACUUAAAUCCAAGUGUAGUUAGCAUACUCCCAGGUUUGAAAGACAAGAAGCAAGUCAAAUCAGCAGAAGAAGAAAAUAUGAGGAGGCCAUUUCUUUCUGAGGCGUGGAUGGCACAAAACUCAUCAUCUUCUUCAAGCAAAAGGUCAACAGAAGAUAUGAAGACACAGAUCAAAUUCUGGGCUAGAGCUGUGGCAUCUAAUGCAAGUGCUGAUCAUUAACAAAGAAUGCCUUUUUCUUUGGAUUAUUAUUAGUUGAUCAAAUUAGAUAGAUAUUUUAUUUCAACACGACCGAAGCUAGUACACAGAUAUAUAACCACAUUGGUUGAAAAGAGAUUCUAUGCUCUUUGAAUUUUAUGAUGUUUUCUCAUAGUAAGUAUAGACAACCCCAUUUAGUUGUAGCGUGUAUCUAUUUAUGCAUUUACAAAGCUCUAAAUGUAGAUGUUUCUAUGGGUGGAAACCAUUCUCAAUGUAAAGCACAAUUUUCAAGCCGCAAAUUCGAUCUUCAA